AUGGACAGCAGCCGGCUGUCGUCCGACUCGCUCGAGGGAGACGGGCACCUUGGCGCGUCGUCGCUGGGCCUUUCCAACACGAACCCCGUGAGGAACGGGUUCAACUCGGGCGGGUAUGAGCGGCUGAACGUUGACGGCGACGGCGGUGACGAUGACGUGACCAGCCCGGAACGUGGCCAUGCCCAUGUCUCCCCUGAAAGCACGACCAACUCCCUUGGUGUCUUUCCGGGCCGGUUGACGGGCGGCUCGGCUGCUUUCGACGCGCCUGGUGCUUCUGAAGUGACGUCGCUCGAUUCGACCAGUCACCUGCUCGAUUCCUCCCGCGGUCCAGAGACUCCAGACGGGACAUCGGCCAAGCCGACUGCCUCAUCAAGACCCGGACUGCACCGGAUCAUCAGGAAGCGAGUUUGGCCAUGGAGUCGGCGCUCGGCGGCGGCCUCGAGUCCGUCUCCGGCCCCGGGAGCCGCGGACGACGGCUCGACGCAGGCUCCGUCGGACCGUGACCCCGAACAAGGAGACGACGGCGUCGAUGAGGAGACGUUUCGCAAGAUCUACAGCGAGCCACCUACUUACUGUUCUUCGCGUGAGAACCCGAGCCGGAAGCGCAACAAGGUCAUCACGGCCGUCGCCAUCUACGCUCUCGUCAUGAGCGGCACGUGGCUGGUGCUGGCCUGCAAGAAACAGCGCUGGGGAUACUUGGUGUCCUCGACAGGCAAGCUGACCCCGGCGACGGCCACGACGCUGGCCACGGGCAUCGCCAAGAGCAUCGAGCUGUCGUCCGUCGCUGCCUUCACGUGGUGCGUCGGCCAGGAACUCACACGGCGGGCCUACAGGAAGAGCCGGGGCCUGACGCUCGCGGAGAUAGGCAUGCGCGACUGGGUCAAGGAGCCCGGGGCCUGGUUCCAGAACUGGGACAGGCUCAGGGUCGGGGGGCGCACCGUCUGGACGCCCCUGACGUGCGUCAUGAUCCUCGCGACCGUCGGUGCCACGCUGUACACGGCCGCGUCGGACGCCAUGGUCUCCCCCAAGUUGAGGUUCGACAAGUGGACGCCCCGGGUGCUCCGGGGGCCCGUGGCCACGUCCUACGGCAACGUCAAGUACGCCAAGAGGGAGUGUCCGUCCAUGUUCGGCGGCACAGCCGGGGCGGCCGACCCCUCGGCCGACGACGCCUGCAUCAACGUCGAGUUCUCCGGCCAGUCGUACCGGAACCUCCUGGCCUACAUGGAGACGUGGACCGCCCGCUUCGACAACGCGACGCAGGGGACGAGGGAGCUGGCGGCUCGCCCGGCGGGCACCAGCCUCCUGAGGAACAACGUCACCCUGGAGGGCGCCUGGAUCGAGACGCAGCACAGCAACAUCACGGCCAGCUACCUCAAGUACGGCCGCAUCGUCAACAACGUCACCAUGGCGCUGCCCCAUCCCGGCGUCUACGCCGCCGCCACGUCUCCCGUCAAUCGCAUCAUGCAGCCGGACGCCCUGUCCGGCAUCGGCCAGUACUCCAUCCGCGCCGGCGUGGUGUCGCCCGCCAUCAACGUCAUGUGUGUCGGCGCGAGCAGGGACGAGCUCGCGCCCCUGGUGUACACUACGUGGCCGGGCAGCAAGUCGGUGCGGUCCGGCAUAGGGCACCAGGAGAUUCCCGUCGAGGAGAAGCUGUGGGUGAACGACGUGCCCUCCCGCACCGCGGCCGACGGGAAGCCCUACUACUAUAACAGCACAGUCCUCGAUGACAUAUUCCUGUGGGGGCCAGAGCACAGCCGGUAUCCCCCGGUCUUCUCAACCGGGCGCCCGGAACAGUACCCGUACGACUACAACUUCAUUUCCAACUCGACCGUGUUCGACUCGACUGGCAUUUACACCAUCGCCAAGCAUCCCGACAUGGUCAACUACACCAUCUGCGAGGCCAGGUCGUGGGUCUCGCCGGCGUGCUCGACGCAUUUCGACGUCUCCGGCACGGCUGGAUGGAAAAUGAAGGCGCACUGCGAAGACAAGGGCGACGGGGACGCCUACCAUCAUUCCGACGACAAGAAGGAAUGGGCCCUGCCGUCUCGAGACUGGAAGCACGUAGGCACCAGCUGGCAACUAUCCAUGGAUAUGAAUGGCGGCCAGCGAAACAGCAACGCCUCCAACAGCCGCAUCCUCACCAAGACGGCCCUGCGGACGCCCGACCUCGUCCCGUACCAGCCCUCGCUGGCAGAAGUCUUCGCGGUAUACCUCGGCUCGACGCUCGUCAUCAGCGCCAUCGACACGCCGUACAAGCACUGGUGGGCCUACGACAUCACCGACAACAUCCUGCAGGUCAAGACGCUGGAGGGCUUCAACGCCACGGUCAGGUCGCAGGAAUACACGUCGGGCUACUCGCAGACCUGGCAAGCCGUGGUCUGGUUCCCUGUCCUCGGCCUCGUGGUCGGGCUCAAUCUCCUCUCCUUUUCGUACAUGGUGUGCCACAAACACACCAUCACCGACUUCACCGAGACGGAGAACCUCUUCGCCCUGGCCAUCAACAGCCCGCCGAGCUCCCAGUUCAAGGGAAGCUGCGGGGGCGGUCCGAAAAAGAGAAACUUUGUCGUUCCCUGGAAGGUGGCGUACGCCCCGACGGCGAACCACUACUUUUUCCAAGAGGCGAGCGACAUGCCGUUCAAGGGCAGGUACUCCAAGGCCGGCAGAAAGGCCGGGGGCGACGUCGUGGAGAAGGAGUUGGACGCCUACAGGCGCUUGAGCAAGAACAGGAUGUGGUCCUGA